UGACUCUAUACAAUUAUUAUAAAGUUAAAGUAAAUGACAAGAGCAAACAGUAGAUCCAUGUAGAUAUAUGCAUGCACGAAAUUUGCAUAUAUUUGGAGAUCUGUGUGUCAUGGACUCAGAAGUGGGAAAGUAGGACCCUUAAGGUACUGUGUGGUGAGCCAAAGGGGACUGCACAACCUUGGAUGCCCCAUACUUGGUUCUAUAGUAGACCCAUACAAUUAAAGCCAAGAAUCCUUCUUUCACCUUCCUAUAAGACCCCCUCUUCCACUUGUAAAAUCCUCAUUUCAUUUCCAACAUCUUGUGAAGAUCAAGAUAUAUUCAUCUAAAGGCUCAACUCUCUCUUUUUUGUGUUAUAAUAUUUGAAAGAUUGUGGAGAAUGAUGGAGAAGAUGAAGAUGAUGAGCAAUGGGAAUAGUAAGGGAGCAUCCAAGAGAAGGAUUGCAAGCAAGGGGCUUGGGGGAGUAUUGAGGCAGCAAAGAGCUAGGCUUUAUAUUAUUAGAAGAUGUGUAGUCAUGCUUCUUUGCUGGCAUGAGUGAACUACACUACUAGCUUUUUCUUCUCUUUCUGUAUUGGUUUGAUUAGAGUCUUGUUUUUUUGUGUUGUUCAAGUGUAAAUUGUAGGAUUAGUUAGUGAGGAUGGGGGAUAGGUGAGGAUGGUAACAUGCAUGUAUAUGUCGAGAAUUUACAAUUUUGUAACAAUUACCCUAUUUCAUGUAAAUGAAUGGAGAAUUUCUUGUGAAAUGAUAUUACAUAUUGGAAUC